AAAUCCCACAAUUGUUGCCAAACAGCCCCUAAGAGUUCGACAUGGGAAUCGCCGGCGGUACAGACAGCAGCAGUGGAGAGGAAGAUGGCGACGCCGAAUGGAAAGCGGCGAUAGAUUCUGUUGCUGCGGUUGACGUUUCUUCUUCCUAUGGUCUCUCCAAGUUUAGGGUUUCCGCUAGCAACGGCGGUUCAUUGUGCGUCGGCCACUCAAACCACGAAGUUGAGAAGAAAACGAAAGCCCCUGGCAUCAAGCUGUAUCAGAUUAAGGCACAAAAGCUUUUGGAUGAUCUUCUGGAUAAGAACAUUGAGAUCGUUACAACUCAUAUUCCUGAUAAUGAUAAUCUUCAGUCAGAUGGAGGUCUCGUCAAAUUAUUCAGAAAAGCCCCCCCUGGGAUGAGACUGGAUCCUAUUGAUCAAGAUCCAGGACCUCAGAAGAAACCUAAGAUUAUUCCUGGAGAGUAUAUUGAUGAAAAAUCAAAGAAGUUUCGACGCAAUAUCCAAUCUGUUGCUGUCAAUGGUUCUGAUAUAGUGGCUGCGGCUAGACUAGCUUGCCAGAGUUCAUUUGCCAGAUGGGAAGCUAGAGACACUGCAGCAAAGGCAGCAGCCAAGCGUGAGGAAGAAAGAGUUGCAGAAUUGAAGAGAAUUAGAGGAGAGGAAUGGCUACCUUCACUCGCAAGAGAAAUGAAGGUUAGCUUUCUAACAACCAUGAAACUGCACACUUCAGAGCAUUUGGAUGGUAAUAUAGUAUAGUGAGCCCUUAUACUAUUAAAUUCCUUCUGACUCCCAAAUCCAUAUGUUUCCAUGCUUCUAUAGUGACACAGAUUAAUGGAGUAGCUUGCUUGUUAACCCAAGCAUUUGCAAUUAGAGAAGCGGUUCAUGCAAUUAUUGUGCUAUUAGUGUUUUCUGAACCAGAGAGAUUCAUGUGAGUAUUGACAUCAUUUAGAGCAUCAGGUUUUAUGCGAUACAGUUCUGAAACUUUGGGCAAUCUUUUUCAAAUCGCCAUAGAACUUCAUUAGUUUAUUUAUCACAUAUUGCCUUAGUAAGAUCUCUUAUCA